AUGGCGCCUGGGGCUCCUGGAGCAAAUACGGAUCCUGCUCCCGCUCCUGUGGAACCGGAGCCGUCUAACGGGGGCCAGGACUGUCCCGGGGUCAACUACGAGUUCCAGCUCUGCAACGCGGACGAGUGCCCAAAGCACUUCGAGGAUUUCCGCGCACAGCAAUGCCAGCUACGCAACUCCCACUUCGACUUCCAGAAUGCCAAACACCACUGGCUGCCCUACGAGCAUCCCGACGCCGGUAAGAGAUGCCAUUUGUACUGUCAGUCGAAGGAGACGGGGGACGUGGCGUACAUGAAGCAGCUGGUGCAUGAUGGGACGCGCUGCUCCUAUAAGGACGCCUACAGUAUCUGCGUUCGCGGGGAAUGUGUGCGGGACAUGAAGUGCACACUCACUGUCGGGUAA